AUGUCCUUGAACGAGUCUCAUCCGGGUAGAGGACUAGGUUCCGCACUCCGAAAUCUAUUCCGCUCCUCCUCGCCAGCUCCUUGGCCUCCCCGCCGUCGAGUCUCGGUGUUGCUGCGACGCAGUCGGACGGUGUUUUCCAGCAGAACCAAAAACCCCAGCCCCAAACACCAACCUGUCCGCCCCCCAAGCGCCGCCUCCGAUCCCGAUCCCGAUCCUACGGCGACUGCGAUGUUAGGACUCUCCGAGGCCUCCCAAGGUUCCAAGGACGACAACUUUGAUAUCUUUGUAUGGUACCCCCAUUACCAGGAUUGCCAACGCUACUUCCUCGACCAUGCGCAACACAGUAGCCCCGUCCAGGCGCUGUCAGCCUACUUGAACAUCCGACUUCCGUUCCAACGACAAUCACAUCCGGUCCCCGACGCCUCUACGACGAGUAGCAGUGGUGAUGCGACGCCUUCGGGGGCUUCUUCGCCGUCGGAUACACCCCCGCCGGUUUCCCUAGUCCCGUACAUUCGCCGCCUCGUCGCAACAGGGAUGGACUACCCAGGCGUGCUCCAUGGUUUCUUCGGCGAUGACUGGCAGUCCGGGGUAGGCCCGCUGCACGAAAAGGAGCGUUGUAACUAUUUAUUCGCCGCUAAAAGUGGAGGAUGGGCUUCUGUGAAAAAGGACUACGAUAUCCCCCCUCUCGAGACGAUACCCUUCUUACGGCCUCUGCAAGGGCCAUUGGAUUCAGAGAUUGAAGCAGCUGAAAGAAGCUGGAGUGAGUGGCUUGCUAUGGAAGACUGGAUGGUUGGACCCCGAGCGCCAGACGCCUUACAGGACUCAUCGUCCCAGUCUUCACAACCACAGAGCACGCGGGGAUGA